AUGUAAGAAAAAAUGUAUGAAAAAAAAAAUGAUUAAGAAUAUUUUGUUUAUAUAUUAGAUAAUUAUUGUUAUGCAAUUAUAGGUAAUUUUAUUUAUUAAGUUUCCUAUGCUUGUAAUGCAUUAGAAUUUAUUUUAGGAUUAAGAUGGUAUCAAUUUAAUGGAUUUGGCAUAGAUAAUAAUCUAUAUUUAAAAAUUAAAACCUUUCAUCUCUAAUUAACAAAAUGUGAUAUCAAAAACCCAAUAAUGGAUUUAUUCAAUAAAAUCCUACACUUGAUUUGGAUUGACACAUCAAUUGAAAAAUUAUAAGCUGCUCGAUUAUUAUAUAAUUAAAUCAAUAAUAAUCAAUAUUAAUUCUCAGAUAAAUAAAUCUGUGAUUUAUAUUCGAAUCUAUUACAAAAAAUUAAAACAUUAAGUAUUCAAUAAUUUCAAUAUUUAGAAAAUAAAGAAACUUUUAAAUAAAGAGUUCAUAUUAUGAAGUUAGAUUUCAUUAUAUUUCAACUCUAUGAAUAUCAGCAUUUUCCUGAUUUCAAAAAAAAUUGCAAUAUGUAUAUUUUAUCCAUAAAAAUAGAUGUAAAGUAUGUUAAUAACAUAAAUCAAAAUAUUUUUGCAGUGGAUGCUAUUUUUUUACGGGAAAAAGAUGGAGUUUAUGCUUGGAUGGAUGUUUUAGUAAAUUUCAUUAGGAUCCUAGUAAAUAUUUAAUUAGAAAGAGAAUGAAAUAUAUUAAAUGAUGUAUAAUGAAUUUCAUUAAUAAACUGGGA